CGCGCGGCACGGGGACCCGCCGGAAGCAGCAGCAGCAGCGGCAGCAGCGCGAGCUGGACGCAGAGCGACAGCACACCGGCGGCAGCACGAGCGACACCGCGGCGGUCAGCGGGGCGGAGAGGAGGAGCAGCAGGAGGAGGAGGAGACACCUGCACCGCGACUCGUUCUCACCCCGCUGCCUCCGUCGUCUCUGCCUCUCUCCCGUCGCCUCUCUCCUCACCCCUCCUCGUUCCUCUCGGACCGUCGCCGCCGCCGCCGCCGCCUCCGCCGCCGCUUCCUCGUUAAGAUGGCUGACCCCGGCAGCGACGGAGAGGCACCGGAGAGCGCGCGCGGCUUCGCCCGCCAGGGAGCACUCCGCCAGAAGAAUGUGCACGAGAUCAAGAACCACAAGUUCAUCGCGCGCUUCUUCAAGCAGCCGACCUUCUGCAGCCACUGCACCGACUUCAUCUGGGGCUUUGGGAAGCAGGGAUUCCAGUGCCAAGUGUGCUGUUUUGUGGUCCACAAGCGCUGCCAUGAAUUUGUCACCUUCUCCUGUCCGGGGGCCGACAAAGGACCCGCCUCCGACGAUCCUCGCAGUAAACACAAAUUUAAGGUCCACACGUACUCCAGCCCGACCUUCUGCGACCACUGUGGCUCCCUCCUCUACGGGCUGUUACACCAGGGCAUGAAAUGUGACCACUGUAUGAUGAACAUCCACAAGCGAUGUGUGACCAACGUCCCGAGCCUGUGCGGGACGGAUCACACCGAGAGGAGAGGACGCAUCCAGAUCUGUGCCCAGAUCGCCGACGACACGCUCACCGUCACCAUCAAAGAGGCCAGGAACCUGGUUCCCAUGGACCCCAACGGCCUGUCAGACCCCUACGUCAAGCUCAAGCUCAUCCCAGACCCCAAGAGCGAGAGCAAGCAGAAGACCAAGACCAUCAAGUGUUGCCUCAACCCCACCUGGAACGAGACCUUUACUUUCAAACUAAAAGAAACCGACAAGGACCGCCGUUUGUCGGUGGAGAUCUGGGACUGGGAUUUGACCAGCAGGAACGACUUCAUGGGAUCCCUGUCCUUUGGGAUCUCAGAGCUUCAGAAACAAGGGGUGGAUGGAUGGUUUAAGAUGCUUUCUCAGGAGGAAGGAGAAUAUUUCAACGUUCCCGUCCAGCCAGAUGGAGAAGACGGUAACGAGGAGUUACGGCAAAAGUUCGAGAGGGCGAGGGUGGGGCCUGGAAAACCCACGGACUCGUCUUCCUCCUCCUCGGUGUGCAAGUACGACAGCAACGGCAACCAGGACCGGGUCAAGCUCUCGGACUUCAACUUCAUCAUGGUGCUUGGCAAAGGCAGCUUCGGCAAGGUGAUGCUGGCGGAGAGGAAGGGCACCGAUGAGUUGUACGCCGUGAAAAUCCUGAAGAAGGACGUGGUGAUCCAGGACGACGACGUGGAGUGCACCAUGGUGGAGAAGAGAGUCCUCGCUCUGGCCGGAAAACCGCCGUUCCUCACCGAGCUGCACUCCUGCUUCCAGACCAUGGACCGGUUGUAUUUCGUCAUGGAGUAUAUAAACGGAGGAGACCUCAUGUACCAGAUCCAACAGGUCGGCAAGUUCAAGGAGCCGCAUGCUGUGUUCUACGCUUCAGAGAUUGCCAUUGGACUCUUCUUCCUCCACUCCAAAGGCAUCGUGUAUCGGGAUCUGAAGCUGGACAACGUGAUGCUGGACGCUGAAGGCCAUAUAAAGAUAGCUGACUUUGGCAUGUGCAAAGAGAACAUGUACGACGGAACUACGACCAAAACCUUUUGUGGAACACCGGACUACAUCGCUCCAGAGAUCAUAGCGUAUCAGCCUUAUGGAAGGUCUGUAGACUGGUGGGCCUUUGGAGUCCUGCUCUAUGAAAUGCUCGCCGGACAGCCGCCUUUUGACGGGGAAGAUGAAGACGAGCUGUUCCAAUCCAUCAUGGAGCAUCACGUCUCUUACCCUAAAUCCAUGUCCAAAGAAGCGGUCGCUAUCUGCAAGGGGCUGAUGACCAAGCACCCAGGAAAGCGCCUGGGCUGCGGUCCAGAGGGGGAGCGAGACAUCAAGGAGCACGCCUUCUUCCGCUACAUCGACUGGGAAAAACUGGAGAACAAAGAGGUCCAGCCGCCUUUCAAACCUAAAGCUUGUGGGCGUGAUGCGGAGAACUUUGAUCGCUUUUUCACGCGCCACCCCCCCGAGCUGACCCCCCCAGAUCAGGAGCUUAUAUCCAACCUGGACCAGGAAGAAUUCCAAGGCUUCUCAUUUGUUAACCCUGAGUACCCUCACACAACUCACUGACCACGCCGCAUAUUCACCGCGGCUACACACUAGUAAUCCCUCUUGAAAACACACAUUAAAAACAAAAAACAAAAAAAAUUCACCACGAUGUCAUAUCCAGGCCGCAAUGGGCAGGGUGAAACGUCAAAAGGAAAUAGUUCAACACUUUUGAGAAAUACAAUUUAUUUUCCGAGACUUCGAUGAGAAGAUCGAUAUCGAUCUCACGUCUGCGUGCAGGGUAAGGAGCCGGAGCCUGGAGGCGAUUAGCCUAGCUUAGCAUAGAAACUGGAGGCAGGGGGGGGGAAAACGGCUCGAGAGUCUUCACCAAAAACUCUCGUUGUGUGUGUAUUAAAUAAAUGAGAUAAAACAUCUUUAAUUGGUAAACUUUACUUCCAGCAGCUGCAUUGUUGAGAAGAGCGAGGCUAACUGUUUCUCUCCCCCCCCCCCUUCCCCGGGCUUCCAGUUGUUAUGCUAAGCUAAGAUUAUUGCCUCCCGGCUCCAGCUUUGUAUCUCCGGUCAUGAGGUCGGUAUCAAUCCUCUCAUCUAACUCUCUCACACUGACGUAAUAAAGCGUAUUUCUCCAAAUAACGUUCGGAGGUGCUAAAAACGCUACGAAUCCGGAGAAACACUCAAGAUAUUCACGCGUCAAGUUGCCAGUAGGAGACACUGCUUUUCCCCCAGUUUACCGUGGUUUAGCACGGCAGCACUAGCGGCUGCAUUUCUGCAGAACUGUCGCUCGCUCCUGAACGCAGCCCGGCCAGCGGGGUUCAGGUCGGGGGUCCGACCUCAGGGCCGUCUCCGUGUCACCAUCCCUGUGAUUGCAUAUGGAGUACGACGGACCCGUCAGUAAUAUUGAUGCGCGUACUACGAUCGCAUAUUUGGUAAUAUACAUUACGAUGUAAGUGAAAACUGACCAAUUGCUUUGCUAUGAUUUAUUUUUUUUGGAGUACCGAUCAGUUGACUUUAUAUUGUAUAUAAAACCAAACACUUUCUGUCCAGUCAGUGUUGUGACGAGCUUAAAUCUUUUUUGCUCAUUUUUAACCAGAUAGACGUAUUUAUACAUGCAGCCAAGCGAGUCUGCGUCAAGUUAGUGAUUUAUUUUUUUGUAUUUAUUUUUUUUGACUGGAAUUUUAUUACUCAAUAAUGGGGGAAAAGAAAACAUUCACCACAUUACACUGUGUUUUAAUGACAUAUCUCUUCGCUUGUAUAUGACAUUUAUUGGAAGAAUUUCACAUCAGACGAGUCUUGUGAAGCUAGUAGUUUGUUAGGAUGUCCAAAAGUGCCAAAUAAAAAUAAUUUAAAAAAAAUAAUAGGGUUCAGAAUCGUGAGGAGGUGUCCUCAACAACUGUGAUGAAGGGCAGCCAUCUUGUGCCAUUUUUUGCAGUCCGUGUGUAAUUAUUAGAAUACGCAUCGCUUAUUUGUCCUUUUUCACGUAUUAAAAAAAUGAACGAAGAACGCGAAGUUGCGUUUCAUUGCGAAGGCAGGCCGUGUUAUCUUUUUGUAACUUUGUGUAACGAUGCAGGGUCGUAACAAUGUGUCAAAUCUGGUUCUUUUGAGCUCGUAUAAAUAAAUAAAUAAAAUUUUAAAAAAGGGAGGCGGCACCGUGUUUUGACGUCACAGGUUUUUUUUUUUUUUUAAGACGAUUUGAUUCUGCUUGGUGGAGGAAAAUAAAAAAAAGUGAGAGUUUAUUGUGAUGAUGUGUAAUUAACAGUGAGAUUAGGAGAAAGGAUAUAGAUAUAUUUGGAGCGCUAUAUCCAGAGAGAGAGAGGUAUUUGGAUACAUUGUUCUGGAUGAGAGAGAGAGAUGCUUCUGUGGAUUGUGUAACUGUAUGACUGGAAAAACUGAUAAUAUACUCACUGGUGCCUACCAGACUA